AGAAGUCACUGUUGAUAAGGAUUACAUAAUCCAAAUAAAAUGGUUGAAAUUACAUGAGAAGAUAUUUUUGCUCAUUCUUUUACACAAUGGUCUUAAGUUAUUCCAGUGGUGUGUCAGUCCUCAAUGGAUCAGUUGUCUGUGUCGGUGCUAAUAAUGGAUCCGUUCUCUUGUUUCUAAUGAAUGAAACCAAUAAAAUACAAUUCGAUGAGACAUCUAACGAGACAAUUCAUAAGAGACCCAUCACUGAUUUGGUAUCCGACCAACAGAAUACACUCAUAAGUAGUGAUGAUAGCGGAAAGAUAUGCAUUUCCAUCUACAAGGACUCGCGUUUACAACCAAACUCCAGUUUUGAAGGAUAUAAUGGUUUCUCGUGCAAUUGUUUGACGCUUUUCAAGAACUAUUUGUGUGCGGGUUAUGGCUCCGGGCAUUUGCGGGUUUUUGAUAUACAAAACAAGAAAAUAAUUAGUGAAGUGUCGGCGCAUGCAAAAUGGGUCACUGCUAUCGAUGUGGCCCCAGAGACUGGUCUCAUUUUGUCCACUUCUGAAGAUAGCUUUGUUAGGAUUUGGAAAUUAUGCGAACAAAACAACUCAUUAAAGUACUAA